AUGGCGCCCUCUGCCACUGGACCUGCUUCUCAAGCAGGAGAGCCACAGAGUUUCCUCCCACCGCCAACCACCUAUCCGCCCCGAGAAGCUCACUUCGAGAGGUUUAUCGAUACUCAACCAGACGGCUACGAAAAAGCAGUAUCUCGCGGACCAGGGCGAACGGCAAUUGUAAUCGACAAUGGCUCCUCAUUCACCCGCGCCGGCUGGUCCUUUGAAGACAGUCCACGCUUGAACCUCGUUCCUAUAUAUUCCAAGUACCGGGACCGCAAAUUAGGCAAAACGUAUUCGUUCGUCGGGCAAGAUGUCUACGCCGACACAACAGCGCGGGGACAUAUGCGGAAUGCUUUUGAGGCGGGUAGCGGCAUUGUUAGUAAUUGGGAUGUAAUGGAAAGUGUGUUGGAUUAUGUGUUUAUUAAGUUGGGCGUUGAUGGGCAAAAUGGGGGUGUGGAUGUGCCGAUUGUUAUGACGGAGGCUCUGGCGAAUUUGCCGUAUUCGAGGAAAUCGAUGACGGAGAUUCUCUUUGAGUGUUAUUCUGCGCCCUCCGUGGCAUAUGGGAUUGAUGCACUUUUCUCCUACGAUUAUAAUAAGGGCAAGACGGGGCUUGUUGUUUCCUCGUCUCACAGCUCUACGCAUCUAAUUCCGGUCUUGAAUUCAAAGGCGCUGUUGACUCAAGCGACGAGGGUCAAUUGGGGAGGGUCUCAAAGUGCUGAGUAUUUGCUAAAGCUCAUCCGUCUAAAGUACCCCACGUUUCCAGGGAAGCUCAACUCCUCUCAAAUGGAGCACAUGGUCCGAGAUCACUGCUAUCUAUCAGAGGACUAUGACCAAGAGCUAAGCAAGUAUCUUGAUUGGACUGGUCUCGAAGACCGGGACCAUAUAAUACAGUAUCCAUUCACAGAGGAGGUCAUUGUUCAGAAGAGCGAGGAAGAGCUGGCCCGAGUAGCAGAGAAGAGAAAGGAGAGUGGAAGACGGCUUCAAGAGCAAGCCGCAAAAAUGCGCUUAGACAAGCUGGUUCGCAAGGAGAGCGAGCUCGAGUAUUGGAGAGACCUCCAGAGGAGAAUAUCAGAGGCGCCCACCAAGAAGGAGAUCAAGCGAUUACUGGAUGAGGAUGAAAUCAAGGAUGAAGCGGCUCUUGAGCGAAUGGUCAAGGAGCUCGACAAAUCAAUUCGCAAAGCUCGAACCAAGGAUGUUGGGGGUCCAGAGGUCGAGGAAGAAGUUGAAGCGCCAGACUAUAGUCUCAUUGACAUACCCGACGAAGAACUAGCUGGGGACGAAGCCAAGCUUAAACAAAAGCGCGUCCAAAAACUCAUGAAAGCCAACAACGAAGCCCGAGCACGGGCAAAGGCCGAAAAAGAACGAGAAAAGGCCCGUAUUGCGGAGGAGCAACGCGUCGACGACGAGAGACGCGAAACCAAUCUCGAAGGCUGGCUCCAAGACCGACGAAACGCCCGAGCAGACCUGAUUACAAAAAUGAAAGAGCGCGACCGUCUCAACGCAGACCUAGGAAACCGCAAAUCCCUCGCCAGCCAAAUCCGCAUGAAAAACAUUGCGAACCUGGCCUCUGACACCCCAACCAAGAAGCGUCGACGUGGCGGUGAUGACGACAACUUUGGUGCCAACGACGAUGACUGGGGCGUCUACCGCCAAAUCGCCACCGGCGAUGGCGGCAGUGAUGAUGAAGAAGAAGAGGAUCUCGGUGCGGGCCUCAAGACGCUCGAAGCCGACUUACUGAAAUAUGAUCCUGAGUUCACAGAUCAGCACACGUUGGACGCCCAGACGGACUGGACGAAAAGUCUUGUGCAUGCCUUUCUGCGCGGACCCAGACCUUUUGAUCCUAAAAGCCAGGCGGAGGCGCACCAGCUGCAUCUGAAUGUCGAACGGAUCCGUGUCCCGGAAGUCAUCUUCCAGCCCUCGAUAGCCGGGCUCGACCAGGCGGGCAUCGUUGAGAUUGCCGCUGAUAUACUAACGCAUAGACUCAGUGGCGUUGGGCACCAAGGGGAUUUCUUGAAGGAUAUUUUCUUGACGGGGGGCGCCUCGCUGUUUCGAAAUUUUGAUCAGAGGUUGAGGGAGGGGUUGCGAGCGCAGUUACCAGCUGAUAGUGAGUUGGUGAUUAGAAGGGCAAGAGAUCCGGUGCUGGAUGCGUGGAAAGGGGCAGCGAAAUGGGCUGGGGGAAGUGCAUGGAGGCAGGUUGCUGUUACGAAGGAGGAGUAUAUGGAGAAAGGGGCGGAAUACAUGAAGGAACAUGAUCUUGGCAACGCCUAUUCAUAA